GAAAGAUUUCAAUACCGCUCCGUAUAUGGCCGGAUAAGAUUCUCCUAUUUCUGAAGAACCUUGCAUACCAGUUUCCCUUUCAAUUACAGCCGCCGCGGCCACCGCCACCGCCACCAUGGCCACACUGACGACGACAGUUUCUUCACAGUUCCCCUCCCUUCAAUUACCCAAGCAGUUUUCUGUAAGAAGCUACUGCACUUACGUCCUUGCUUGUCAAAAUGCUACAAGAGUUGGGUUCUCUGCCACACCCCAUCAUCUGUUUACUGGGAGAAGUCUCAAGUAUCUUCCUGCUAUCUGUGCUGUAUUGUCAGGCACAGAAGACAUUGGAGUAUCCUCUACUCAAUCUGAAGACUUGUCUAUUACUUCUACUACUUCAGGUACCGAUGCUGGAGAAUUAAAGAUAAGCGUAGAGGUAUCUGGGGCCAAAACUCAAGCAAUAUUCGAUGACGUUUUUGACAAAAUGGUUGCUGCAGCCCAGCCAAUACCCGGAUUUCGAAGAGUGAAAGGAGGGAAAACACCGAAUAUACCUAGAGAUGUUUUGAUCGAAGUCCUUGGACCGUCGAAAGUAUAUAAGCAAGUAAUCAAGAAAGUGAUCAACUCUACAGUAGCUGAAUAUGUAGAGAAGGAAUGUUUAAAAGUCAGCAAGGACUUGAGAGUGGAGCAAAGCUUUGAAGAUCUUGAAGCCUCUUUUGAACCCGGUGAAGAAUUCAGCUUUGAUGCUGUAGUUCAUCUUCUAAAAUGAAUGAAACAUGCUUAGUUUCCAUUUCUGUUAUAUUUAGAGCAGAAGCGAGGAAGGCAGAAGCUUCACCCAUUGUAGUCGACCCAGAAAAAAGUAGCAUAAGUUCAUUUCUCACAGAAAAUUAUUACUUAACGUUGUAUACCCUGGUAAUGGGUAGAUUGGGUUCAAACCUUAUUCUAGAGUACUCUUACGUCUGUGUUAUUAAACGUAGGCGUGGUAAUGUAGUUGUUAUUAUAUA